AUGAGGACGUACUACGUGAUAGCCGCCAUUCUGAUCGCCGGCGCGACCGCCCAAGAAUCAUUCAAAUGCCCAGACGACUUCGGUUUCUACCCUCACCACAUAUCCUGCGACAAAUACUGGAAAUGCGAUAACAACGUCGCCGAAUUGAAGACCUGCGGCAACGGUCUUGCGUUCGACGCCAGCGACAGCAAGUUCCUCACCGAGAACUGCGACUACCUCCACAACGUCGACUGCGGCGACAGAACGCAACUGGAGCCAGCGGUCAGCACGUCCCAUUGUCCCCGACUGUACGGUAUCUUCGCCGACGACAAGAAAUGCGACGUGUUCUGGAACUGCUGGAACGGCGAAUCGUCCAGGUACCAGUGCAGCCCCGGACUAGCAUACGACCGUGAGGCCAGAGUCUGCAUGUGGGCUGAUCAAGUGCCCGAAUGCAAGAACGAAGAGGUUGCGGGAGGUUUCACGUGUCCGGCCGCAGGCGAAGUGUUAGGAGCAUCCGGCAGCUUCAGCAGACACGCCCAUCCCGAGGACUGCAGAAAGUAUUACAUAUGCCUCGAGGGUAUCGCCAGGGAGUACGGUUGCCCGAUCGGCACCGUUUUCAAGAUCGGCGACUCUGACGGCAGCGGCGCCUGCGAGGACCCCGAGGACGUUCCCGGAUGUGAGGAUUACUACGGUGACCUGGACUUAAAGAGCAUCAGGAAGAGCGAGCUGCUUGCCGGAAUACAGAAUUCGGGUGAGACCAGGAAGCCCCAGGGUCAAAGCAAACCGAGGCCCCCAUUGACACCUGCGAGGCCCAACGCACCCCUUCAAGAAUAAUUUCUAAUCUUUCCUCCCGCCCCCACCCCACCC